GAGACUGAACAAGGCAAAAUGAAUAUCCUGCGGCAGCUGACGUGGAGGCUAAUUCCUUUUCUUUUGGCAUACUCGUUCUUCGUUCAUGUCAGCGAAUGUGGGAAUAUAAUGGUCAGUCCUAAUAAAUGCUUUGUUAAAGGCGGGGUAGCCAUACAUAAAGCCAGAUCGACCCUUGAGUGUUCCUCGAUGUGCAUUAGCCUCCGGGGAUUCGCUUACAUGUUUAGGGAUGGAAUGUGUGAGGUGCGCGGGGUGGGCCUUGGCACCCUGAAGAAAUCGAUGAAGUUCUCGCCGAUAGUGUUAGAGGAAGUGUCCAGAGGCAAGACACCGCUUUCAUCUGAACCCUAUUCAGACUUUUACGCCGAAAUUAAAGCCAUCGAUGACAGCGACAAAAGUUUCUUCAGCAACAAGAACGGAGUGCCUCAACCCUGGUGGGCAUUAGACCUUCGUGAAGUCAACUUAAUUCACACUGUGGUGAUCCUGCCCAUGUACGUGGGCUUCGGGAGAUUCAACGACAUCGGGGUCUUCGUUGGUACACAGCUCCCGGCCGACGGUGACUUCACCAAAUGGCCUAUGCUGGACCACUACCAAGGGCCCUACUCAUCAGGGGAAGGCCGCGUCAACUUCACCUGCACGAACCUGAUCUCAGGCCGCUAUGUAGCUGUUCAGAGAGUCUCCAUCACGUAUGAGAAACUGGAAUUAAGGGAUGUCAGGGUUUACGUCAUACGUUAUCCUGCCUAGAACAAAAAAAACAAUAACAAUGUCUUGGAUAAGAACCUGCAAAGAACAUGACCUUAGGGAUAUGAAUUUGGUCUGAUCUGCUUUCGGCCCUGCAUGGAAUGCUGUGUGACUAUUGCCGCAAUAUAUCAGCCUAGUUAGAAGUUUAGAAAUAAAUGCGCACUUAUUCGCCGAUAUCUGCAUUUUAUUUGAAAGGGUAUUCACUGUAUACACCACUA